AUGCCAUUAAGGCUAGACAUCAAACGUAAAUUAUCAAACAGAUCUGACCGUGUCAAGGCCGUCGACUUUCAUCCUACAGAGCCUUGGUUACUGGCAAGUCUGUAUAAUGGAAGCGUCCACAUAUGGAAUCAUGAAACUCAGACACUAGUCAAAACAUUCGAAGUCACAGAUCUCCCUGUCCGUGCAGCCAGAUUCAUUGCCCGGAAAUCUUGGCUCAUUGCUGGUUCCGAUGAUAUGCAUUUGCGAGUCUUCAAUUACAACACUCAUGAAAAAGUCACCGCUUUCGAAGCUCAUGCCGAUUAUAUUCGUUCCCUCGCCGUACAUCCUACCCUCCCAUAUGUCUUGUCAAGUAGUGAUGACAUGUUGAUCAAGUUAUGGGACUGGGAUAAGGGUUGGAGGAAUGUCAUGGUGUUUGAGGGUCAUACUCACUAUGUUAUGAUGGUUGUCUUCAAUCCAAAAGAUUCGAAUACGUUCGCUAGUGCUUCGUUAGACAGGACACUCAAAGUGUGGUCGUUGGGCUCUGGUUCACCAAACUACACAUUAGAAGGGCAUGACAAAGGUGUUAAUUGUGUUGAUUACUAUCAUGGUGGUGAAAAGCCAUACUUGGUAUCUGGUGCCGAUGACAAGUUGGUCAAAGUUUGGGAUUAUCAGAACAAGACAUGUGUUCAAACAUUAGAAGGACACACUCAAAACGUCAGUGUUGCCUGCUUCCAUCCAGAAUUACCAAUCAUCAUAUCUGGAAGUGAAGAUGGUACCGUCAGAAUCUGGCACGCCAACACAUAUCGUCUAGAAAAUACCCUGAAUUAUGGUAUGGAACGUGUAUGGGCCAUCGCAUAUCAAAAAGGAUCAAAUGAUGUCGCAUUGGGUUAUGAUGAAGGAACCAUCUGUGUCAAGCUAGGUCGAGAGGAACCAGCUGUAUCAAUGGACAAUCUUGGCAAGAUCAUUUGGGCAAAACACAAUGAAAUACAGACAGCCAAUGUGAAAACUUCUACCGACGAGGCUCUCAAAGACGGAGAACGCAUUCAUAUACCUACCAAGGAAUUGGGUUCAUGUGAAGUUUACCCCCAAACACUGCAACAUUCACCUAAUGGUCGAUUUGUGGUGGUUUGUGGUGAUGGAGAAUACAUCAUCUAUACUGCUCUAGCUUGGAGAAAUAAGAGCUUUGGUAAUGCUUUGGAGUUUGUUUGGGCUGGAGAUUCUAACGAAUAUGCCAUUCGUGAAUCAUCAUCAAAAGUGAAACUAUACAAGGCAUUCAAAGAAAAGACCAAUGUCAACAUCCGACCAUCAUACAGUGCUGAAGGUAUCUUUGGAGGUGCCCUGUUGGGUAUCCGAAGCAAUGCCUUCUUGAACUUUUAUGAUUGGGAAACUGGUGCUUGUGUUCGAAGAGUGGAAGUCGCUGCAAAGAAUGUCGUAUGGUCAGAGUCAGAUUUAGUGGCAAUUAUCACUGAGGAUUCCUUUUAUGUACUGAAAUUCAAUCGUAUGGUGUUCCAGCAGCAACUUGAACGCAAGGGUGUUGCUUCAUUUGGAGAAGAAGGGUUGGAGGAAGCGUUCGAUUUCGUUUCUGAUAUUACAGACUCUGUCAAGACUGGAUGUUGGGUUGGCGACUGCUUCAUUUACACAAACACAGCCAAUCGACUCAAUUAUCUUGUUGGUGGUCAAACUUCUACUGUUGCUCACUUUGAUACAAAUAUGUACUUGUUGGGUUACAUUCCACGAGACAACCGAGUCUAUCUCGCCGACAAGGACCUUAGUGUCUACAGCUAUUCACUACCACUCACAGUCAUUGAAUAUCAAACCUAUAUAUUACGCGGUGAUUUGGAAACGGCCGAAAAGAUAUUGCCAUCUGUGCCUACUGAACAACGAAACCGUAUUGCGCGUUUCCUUGAAUCUCAAAAUAUGAAGGAGCAAGCACUUCAAGUUACCACUGAUCCAGAUCACAAAUUUGAUUUGGCGCUUUCUUUGGAUCGAUUGGAUGUUGCCUAUCAGAUGGCACUCGAAGUUGAUAGAGAAGAUCGAUGGAAGACUGUUGGUGAUGCCGCUCUAGCUGCUUGGAAUUACCGUUUGGCAGAAGAGUGUCUGAGACGAGCCAAAGACUUAGAGGGGUUGUUGUUGUUUUACCAAGCUGCAGGAAGUUCUGCUGGUCUGAAGAACUUGGCUGCUUUGGCUGUUGAAAAAGGAAAAAACAAUGUGGCAUUCGUAUGCUAUCUCUUAUUAGGCCAGAGCGAAGCAUGCAUUGAUUUACUCAUUGCCACUGAUCGAAUUCCAGAAGCUGCUCUCUUCGCACGCACAUAUUCCCCUUCAUCCAUUACACGAGUGGUAGGAUUAUGGCGAGAGUUACUACUCAAGGCUGGUAAAAAGAAGGUCGCCGAGUCUAUAUCGGAGCCAUCGCAAUAUGAAAACCUCUUUCCUGAUUACAAGUAUGCGUUGGUGGUUGAAGACGCGUUUAAACGCAGUAGAGAUAAAGGAUUGCCACCUGCCAAAAAGUAUGCAGAAUAUAAGGAUUCGUUAGAGUUUGAUUUCAUUGGUGAACUGAAGAGACGGUUCCCCAAUGGUAUGCCCGACCAAAUCCCGCCACCACCAACGACAGCAGCAACAGCAGUAGUAGCACCAGCUACAACCCCCACACCCAUUCCCGCACCAUCACCACCAUCAUCCACAAAUGGUUCCUUGACAUCAACAACACCACCGCCGUCACUACAACCAGCAGUAGUAUCUACUGAACCAACAUCUAAACGGUCUGUUACCUUGAACGUUAAUGGAAUUACAACGACUCCUGAUGUAGAUAUUCAACAAAGUGGUGGAGAAGAUGAACGAUACGAGUCGUUCUCAGAUAAUAUGUCUCACGUUUCUAUGGAAGUCAAUACCACUGGAACAGGUUCAGUUAGGGGCGAUGUGGACUUUGAUGAUGUUGCAUCACUAGCUUCUGAGUUGCAAACGGUAUCAAGUGACGUGGCAGCAUUGACAACUACAGAUGAAGAUCUCGAACGAUUGCUUGCCGAAGCCUAA